AUGGAAUCAAUGGAAAUAACAGAAAUAGUAGAAACAACAAAAGCAGCAGAAACAACUGAAAUAGCAAAAACAGCAGAAAUAGUAGAAAUAGCAGAAACAACAGAAACAAUAAAUACAACAGAAACAAUAGAAAUAAUAAAUACAACAGAAGAAGAUAAUACUCUAUCAGAUACAGAAAAUUUAAAAUGUUUAUUUAAAAAAUUAGUAAAAAAAUAUAAAAAUACAGACCUUGAAUUAAUUGAAUGUGAAAUUAAAGAAAAACAAAAGAUACGAGGUGCAACAGGGUUAAAAGUUAUUGAAAAAGUAAAUCUUUUAGUUAAAUAUUAUCCUGAAUUAGAAAAUGCUCUUGAAUCCUUAGAUAAAUUUAUUAUAUAUGAAAAACAUUAUAAUCAAAUUAUUAGAAAUAAUAAUUUUAUUGAAAAAUUAGAAAAAAAAUUGAAUUUCAUAUCUUCUAUGAAUGAUGAUUAUAAUAAUUAUAAAGGACACUUAGAAAAACUUAAACAACAACUAAAAGAAUCUGAACAGCAAAGAUUAUUUUAUAUUAAUUUAAUUAAAGAAUUAGAAACUAAAAAUAAUGAAUUAAUAGCAGAAAAUAAUCAAUUAAAAGAAAUAAUUAAUUUUAAUCUUAAUGAUCAAGAAAUUCGUAUCAAAUAUAUUAAAGAAAUAGCUCAAAAAGAAAGAAAAAAUUUUUAUGAUGAUUUAAUAA